CUGUCCCCAGAGCAACCUCUCAAUCCACAACUGGGAGUGAGGGCGACACAGGUGGGAGAGGAACCCCAGCAGAGACCCCAGACCAUGCUGUGCCCCACCUCACCUCACCUAUCCCUCCUGGCCCUGCUCUCUGUGGCUGGCGCUGUGGGUCCGGAGGAGCCAUGCCCGUCUGAGAAGAACAUGAUCAAGGACAAGCUGCAGGUCAAUUGCUCCAGAAAGGGGCUCAGCGUGGUGCCACUUGCCCUGCCCAGGAACACCGGCAUCCUGCUGCUCAGCGCCAACCACCUGGCAUCCGUCUCCACUGCCUCCUUCCAGCACCUCCGUGAGCUGGCUGAGCUGGACUUAUCAGGCAACGCACUGGGUGCGCUGCUAACUGGGGCUCUCCUACCCUCGCUGCAGGAGCUUAUCCUGUCCCACAAUGCCCUGGAGGUGCUGCCCACACUGCAGGGCCUGCCCGCCCUCACCCGCCUGACCCUGGCUCACAACAACAUUACAGAGCUGCUGCCAGGGGCCUUCCGGGACGUGGGGAAGCUGACAGAGCUGAAUCUGCAGGGGAACCAGCUGCGGACGCUGCCAGAAGAGGCCUUUGAGGGCCUGGUCAUGUUGAAGGACCUGGAUCUGUCUGAUAAUGCCCUGGAGGAACUGCCACGGGGGCUGUUGGCUGGGCUGGAGCUGAACACGCUGUGGCUGUCAGGGAACGAGCUCCGCACUCUGCCCAGCGGCUUCUUCCCCGAGGGGCACACGUUCGCCUAUGUCUACCUAGAAGGGAAUCCCUGGCGCUGUGACUGUGGCCUGGCCUAUCUGCGGGACUGGAUCGUGGACAAUGACAUCAGCAUCUACACCCAGGAGCCGAAGUCAAACGGGCUGCUGACUGAGAAUAAUCCCCGUAGCCCCGUGUGCGAUGCGCCCCUCAGACACCACGGGCUCCCUGUCAUCGAGUUCCAGCAGGUCUGCGGCAAAGCAGGGGACACAGACUUGGAUAGUGAAACCAUGCUGUGCCCCACCUCACCUCACCUCGCCCUCCUGGCCCUGCUCUCUGUGGCUGGCGCUGUGGGUCCGGAGGAGCCAUGCCCGUCUGAGAAGAACCUGAUCAAGGACCAGCUGCAGGUCAAUUGCUCCGGAAAGGGGCUCAGCGUGGUGCCACUUGCCCUGCCCAGGAACACCGGCAUCCUGCUGCUCAGCGCCAACCGCCUGGCAUCCGUCUCCACUGCCUCCUUCCAGCACCUCCGUGAGCUGGCUGAGCUGGACUUAUCCGGCAACGCACUGGGUGUGCUGCACACUGUGGCCUCCCUGCCCUCGCUGAAGGAGCUGAUCCUGUCCCACAAUGCCCUGGGGGUGCUGCCCACACUGCAGGGCCUGCCCGCCCUCACCCGCCUGACCCUGGCUCACAACAACAUUACAGAGCUGCUGCCAGGGGCCUUCCGGGAUGUGGGGAACCUGACGGAGCUAAAUCUGCGGGGGAACCGGCUGCGGACGCUGCCAGAAGAGGCCUUUGAGGGCCUGGCCAUGUUGAAGGACCUGGAUCUGUCUGGUAAUGCCCUGGAGGAACUGCCGCAGGGGCUGUUGGCUGGGCUGGAGCUGACCACACUGUGGCUGUCAGGGAACCAGCUCCGCACUCUGCCCAGCGGCUUCUUCCCCGAGGAGAACACGUUCGCCUAUGUCUACCUAGCGGGGAAUCCCUGGCGCUGUGACUGUGGCCUGACCUAUCUGCGGGACUGGAUCGUGGAGAAUGACAUCAGCAUCUACAUCCAGGAGCAGAGGGCAGACGGGCUGCUGAUUGAGAAUAAUCCCCGUAGCCCCAUGUGCGAUGCUCCCCUCAGACACCACGGGCUCCCUAUCAUCGAGUUCCAGCAGGUCUGCGGCAAAGCAGGGGACACAGACUUGGAUAGUGAAACCAUGCUGUGCCGCACCUCACCUCACCUCUCUGUGGCUGGCGCUGUGGGUCCGGGGGAGCCAUGCCCCUCCGAGAUGAACCUGAUCAAGGACCAGCUGCAGGUCAAUUGCUCCGGAAAGGGGCUCAGCGUGGUGCCACUUGCCCUGCCCAGGAACACCGGCAUCCUGCUGCUCAGCGCCAACCGCCUGGCAUCCGUCUCCACUGCCUCCUUCCAGCACCUCCGUGAGCUGGCUGAGCUGGACUUAUCAGGCAACGCACUGGGUGUGCUGCACACUGUGGCCUCCCUGCCCUCGCUGCAGGAGCUGAUCCUGUCCCACAAUGCCCUGGAGGUGCUGCCCACACUGCAGGGCCUGCCCGCCCUCACCCGCCUGACCCUGGCUCACAACAACAUUACAGAGCUGCUGCCAGGGGCCUUCCGGGACGUGGGGAACCUGACGGAGCUGAAUCUGCGGGGGAACCGGCUGCAGACACUGCCAGAAGAGGCCUUUGAGGGCCUGGCCAUGUUGAAGGACCUGGAUCUGUCUGAUAACGCCCUGGAGGAACUGCCGCAGGGGCUGUUGGCUGGGCUGGAGCUGAACACGCUGUGGCUGUCAGGGAACCAGCUCCACACUCUGCCCAGCGGCUUCUUCCCCGAGGGGCACACGUUCGCCUAUGUCUACCUAGCAGGGAACCCCUGGCGCUGUGACUGUGGCCUGGCCUAUCUGCGGGACUGGAUCGUGGAGAAUGACAUCUUCAUCUACAACCAGGAGCAGAGGGCAGACGGGCUGCUGACUGAGAAUAAUCCCCGUAGCCCCGUGUGCGAUGCGCCCCUCAGACACCACGGGCUCCCUAUCAUUGAGUUCCAGCAGGUCUGCAGCAAAGCAGGGGACACAGACUUGGAUAGUGAAGGGAGAAUUACAGAGGAGGGAAUCCCUGUGCCCUGGAGGUGCUAGAGCAACUUACAGUCCAGGUUUUUAAGGGGCAUUGCUAUAGUGUAGGGUCACAUGCUAAAUCUGUCCCAAUGAGUCAUGACACAAGAAGGGAUCUGGUUAGUUUAGCAGCCAAUCCCUGUAACCACACAACUCCUUUGAAGGAAAAGAAAGAUCAUAAUAUGGGAAGGGGAGAUCAAAUCAAAGAAUUGGCAACAAAAGUUUAUCUGGAAUGAAAUAAAAACGGAGGCAGGAAGUAUAUUGUAUAAUCAGAUUUCAUUCAAAUUUUCGAACAUAGUUUUCUCCAGUUCUAUGGGAGAAUGAGACUUCACGGUUGAUAUUUUUGUACACCACAAGGGACAUAAACGCACAGAUGGUUUCUCUAAUGUAGUGAUUAGCAUCUUGGUCUGAUCUCUGACAGGUCCCUGGUUUGAAACAAAGCAGAGAUGAUACAUUUUCCUUAUUUUUUUCAAUUGCUCUUGCUUUAAAUGUAGUCUAGUAUUUAAUGUUUUCGCAGCUCAUUGAGGUCAAAAAUCAUGUUCACAUAUGGGAAGUGUCACAACUAUCCUGAAUGGAUGGACAAUACAUUAGUCCCUCUUGCUCAGCUUAUGCUUUUAUAGUGGCCGGUAGCAAGCUGAGUCAUCCUGAUAGGUGACUGUAGAUAAUGUUUCCUGGUCGUAUUCCCACAGUGACAUUCUCAGAUGACCAACAUCCCCCAUCUUUGGAAGAAAUAAACUGCUAACAUUUGGACCUGAACUUGGAAACCCAGCCUUUAAUAACAGGAAGCUCAAGUUUGAAAUACAUUUUAACAAUUUGUAUAAGACUCAAUAAUCUGUCAACCUAGUGUUACAAUAACUGAAAUUGCUUUAGCCUUAUGAUUUGCCUAGCAUAGAAGUAAAUAUGUCUUUAAAUAUAAAGGAGUCAAAUUAAAUCAC